UUUUUUUUUUUUGCUAUAGCUUAAGUGUUUUUGCACAUGGGGAAGUCUUUCAUCUUGGAGAGUCUUGGCUAAUUUUAACCAUCCUCUUCAGAGCUCCAGGGAUUGAAUACACUGGCUUGCACUUGGCAAUUACUGAAGUCUAACUCCUUCAGCUAUGAGUUCCCGUUCCCGCUCGUCCCGUGACCGUCACAAAGGAGGCCACACCCACUGCGACUCCUGCUACACACGGCGCUGCAGAGCCCGGGUCGAGCCCUCUGUCUGCUGUCCACUCAGUACCUGUCGCCUCCUGUGUGGGGCGCUCUUCCACCUGUGCAAAGAGGAGGACCACCUGCUGCUCUGUCCCAAUGUCCGUGUCCCAUGUAUCAAUGCUGCGUUCGGCUGUUCCCUCCAGAUGCCCCGCUCGUCCAGGGCAGAGCACCUCCAGUACUGUCCCGCCAGUGUGAUCUCCUGCUCCAUGGAGUGGCUGAGGUGGCCUGUAGAUGAAACAAACCCAAACAGUUUUUUGGCUUUACAAGAAAAUCUGUUGAAGGAGAGAAGUGAGCAGCAUGAAGAGGCGCUGGAUGUCAGUUUGGCGUUGGUGGAUCAGUCAGAUUUAUAUUCACGACUUAAGAUGAAGCCUCUGUACCCAGAACUGAUGGAGCAGGAGGAGGAGGAGGAGGUGGAGGAAAAAGAGGAGGAGAAAGAGGAGGAGAAAGAGGAGAGCGCAGUAGGAGGGACUCUGAACGGAGAGGCUGAGGAAGUGCAAACAGCGCCUGCCUCUGUGAGUAAACCUGUCAUUGUAGAGGAACCAGUGAAUAUGUCCCGGAGCCAGAUGUUGAGCCUCAUGAAAGAGAAGCACAGCAUUAUGGACAUGAUGUUUGGGAUGGAGCGAGGGGCAUGCACCGUGGCUGAGUCAAAACAAGACGAGCCAACACAGAAAGACAAAACGGGAGAGAAGGAAGAGGAUAAAACUCAAACUACAGGUGUAAAAAAUGAGCCAAAGGAUACAGAGAAACAUGGAGCUGCUGCUGAGGCUCCUGAAGUGGACACUAGUAAAACAGGACAUGCCCCGUGGCAGCAGGGGGUGUUGGAAAGACUGGGGAAGGAGCUGACUCCUCAGGAGUUUAACAUGUACAUAGUGCACCAUGGACGGAUGCUGAUGGCAUUUGGACAAAUUGAGGCCUGUACUCCGAGAGAGAGGGACUUUGUUUAUGGCAGUCUGGAGCCUAUUCCAGUCCAGACACUUCGCUCUUUCAAGGUUCCAGACAGUUAUCACUACAGAAGCAGAGUUCAUUUGUACGACACUUCUGCUCGAGUUCCAACUGAGACUCGAGAGACGGACACCUCAGACCUAGGCUCCUCUGAGGACCAGUGGUUCAGCGACGAGGCCAAACUCACACUACUGGGAUACGCCGAGAAGGAGGUCAUGGGCCACAAGAUAUGUGAGUUGAAGGCUGCAGACGGACUCUUUGUUGACGAGGGCACACAGACUUUUUCUUUCCGCUCGGCUCCAUUCACGUCAAAGACCAAACUGUCUGAUGUCAUAACAGACACGGAUCGACCCAGCACACUUCACCUGCAGCUUCAGGCCGAGUCCGUGAACAGUCGAAACAACCGAGCGAGUGCCUUCGCGUUUGUCUGUGGACACAUUUUCCACCGCAGAGAAUACCCCACUCAUGUCAGAAAUGUCCACUGUGAUAUCCAGACUGGGCUCAGCGGUUGGUUCGAGCAGAGAUGUCCUUUGUCUUAUCUGGGAUGUACUUUCAGCUGCCGGAGGUUUCAGCCAUCAACACACAAAGCUACUGUUACCUUCAACCAGAAGCUCAAGACUUUUAAUCUCCGCCCUGCUGCUGUUUGCCCUCUAUGGGACGACUCUGAAACUGCAGCAGAGGAUCCUCUGAGCUCCCUGCCCUAUGAGGUGCUGUGUCACGUGGCCAGUUUCCUGGACAGUCUGUCUCUGUCUCAGCUCGCCCUGGUGUCCCGCCUCAUGAGGCAGGUGUGCUCCUCUCAGCUGCAGGACAGGGGCAUAAUCAACCUGCGCUGGGAGAGGACAAGCCGCUCACGAGGAAAGAGCCAGUGGAGGGCAAAACCUGUUUGGGAGUUCAGUUACCUCUUUUCAAAAGUGGAUUCUUGGCACUUUUCAGAAAUUUCUCCAAUCUCAUCACAUCUAAAAGUCUGUCCAUUUUAUGAGCAGCACGUUCACAGCGCCCGUGUCCUUUUGCCCAGCCUGAGCACAAAACAAAAAAACAGCACACAAAAACUAACUCUGGUCGAUCACUUCACCAAAACCAAUAAGAAAUUAUAAAAAGUCUACACUCUGUGGACUUUUGCUUGUAUGAAUCAUAGGGAUUUAGUUUUUAA